AUGAGCGCCAUAAACAGCAGCUUUUUCUCGGUGGAGACCGAGUUCCAUGGACAAUACCAUAUCGUACGGACGAAGCCGCCAUUCGUUGUGCUGCUGGUGUUUGUGAGCUGUGCCCUGGGAGCUCUGUUGAGGACCAUUCUGAAGGAAUCAAACUUUCCUAUUAAUGUAAUUCUUUGUUCGAUUGGAGUUCUCCUUGGAGUAGUGGGCUACUUUGUAAAGGAGUUUACUAUUUUGACAGAAUACAUUGCAGAGAUUGAUCCGAUCCUGUUUCUUCAUAUGUUCACAUCUGUUAUAAUAUUUACUGCUGCUUUUGAAAUGGAUUUUUAUACAUUUCGGAAAUCAUUUUGGCAGAUAUUGCUACUUUCAGUUCCUGGCCUUUUGCUGAAUUGUACUUUAAUUGGAUGGUUCACUUAUAAAAUCAAUAAGUAUAACUGGAACUGGCAUGUUAGCAUGUUGUUUGGAACCAUUCUUAGCACAACAGAUCCUAUCCUCUCUGUGGCUUCCAUGAAAAACAUUGGUCUUUCAAAAAUCGUCAUUAAUCUAAUUAAAGGAGAGUCUUUGUUCAAUGAUGCUACCACUGCAAUUGUUUUUGAACUUUACAGGGAUCUUGUAUCUGACCCACAUACUGAAUUUGCUAAAGAAAUUAUUAUUAAACUAAUAUUAAAAUUUUUUGCAAGUACCAUAUUUGGAUUUUUGAGUUCAAGAAUAGUUAUAUAUUGGCAAUCUCAUGUCUUCAAUGAUGGAUUAACUGGACUAAUUCUAAGAUUCUCAAUGACAUACCUGAUUUUCUUCAUUGCUGAAUGGAUUGGAAUGUCUGGUGUUAUCUCUCUCACUGUUUUGGGAAUUCUUUUAGCUUCUGAAAGCUUUAGUCCAGGGGUUCAUGAAUUUAUCCUUGAGUUCUGGUCAAUGCUGACAUUUUUGGCUCAUGUUAUGAUAUUCAUUAUAACUGGAAUUGUGAUAGCUGUAAAAGCCAGUCCACAUGUGACUAUUCAUGAUUUGUUUUAUAUCUUAACAUUCUAUCUUGCAUUGAAUCUUAUAAGAGGUCUAGUUGUUUUGUUCUUGAGCCCUCUUCUGAGCCGCCUUGGUUAUGGAUUUAACUGGCGCUGGGGAGCUGUCAUUGUCUGGAGUGGAAUGAGGGGUAUUUUUACUUUGAAUAUGGCUCUUGCGAUUAGCCAGUCAAAAGAUCUGGGUACAGCAGCAAUGAAGAACACGCAGUUGCAUCAUUUCAUAAGUGCUUCCCUCUGGCUGUUCAAAACCUUCUGCAAGUCUGCCAAUCUCCUCCUUGCCUCCAUCGGUCUAUGUAAUAUUACUCUUCCAAAGCGUAUGGUAAUGUACAGUGCUGUUCAGCGUAUAAAAGAAAUGGAGGCCAACGCAUUUUCCAUGGUGAAAUUCGAUAGAUUUUUAGCUGAUGCAAAUUGGACCAUUGCUGAAGAAGCAAUUAAAAUUGAUUACCCUUAUAAAUUUGACAUAGAGGAAGUUUCCCAAAAUGUUAGAACACUUGAAUGUCCAAAUUGUAAUGAAGAAAUUUCAUCUGAGACAACACCUCAACAAAUUGCUGACAUAGUGGAAGAAGCCAGGUUACGUCUUUUAAGAGCACAAAUAGCUAGUUAUCAGAAACAAUACCACACUGGAAUGCUUAAUGAAGAUGCUGCCCAAACAUUAAUAGAUGCAGCAGAAAGCUAUGUUGAUAUUAGAGGAAAAUUUAUGAACUUUCAUGAGGUAAAGACAUAUUGGGAAAGCAAAGGACUACUAGCUUCCUUUAGGAAAUUGUUAUCUGAUUGGGUUUACAAUGUGGAAGAUGAAAAAUCUAAGCCACCAAGGAACAAGAUUCUGAAGCUGUGUCAUCAUAUUGUAUUUAUGGAUGAAUUUGAGUACACAAGUUACAUUAUAAUAUUAUUGAAUUUAUUUCCCAUUCUAAUGGAUUUUAUCACACAUCCAGAGGAAACAUAUAUUAGAGAACUAAAAAUCUAUAACUACUAUUUCCUCGGUUUGUAUAUAAUGGAGGCAUCAUUAAAGGCUUUAGCCAUGGGGAGGGCUUACAUCUUUCAUCGUUGGAAUCAGUUUGAACUAGUAAUCAUAAUAGUUGGACUCAUAGAUAUCAUGAUUAUUAAUAUCUUUAAGCCACUUCACCCAACAUACCAUAUGAUUAAGACUAUCAGGGUAUUCAGAGUCAUUCGCCUUAUUAGAGUUCUGCGUCUUUUGAAGCUUGUGAUAUCAAGACUGAUAAACCUAUUGGAAAAACAAAUAAACAAACGGCUAACCUUUAGAUAUGAUAUUGUUAAGGGAUAUCUGCAAGGUGAAGAAGAUACAGAAUAUUUAAUUGAACAGAUUUUUGGUUAUGAGAUAAUUUCUAAGGAAAUAAAUAAAAUUAAGGAAAAGAAUAAACAAGAUGCUAUGAAAGAGCUAGGUUUAAUGCAGCGUGAUUAUCCAGAUAUUGUUUCUGCUGUGCAAACCAAACAGGCAGUCCAAACUAUGCUAAACACAACUACAGGAACUCUUGAAGUAUUGAUAUCAAGCGGAAUUGUGGAUAAAAAUGAAGGAGCAAAAUUACAAAAGAUGAUUCUGCAAAAAAAAACAAACUUGGCACGCUUCCAUCCAUCACCUAUUGCAGAGGAGCUUUUAUCAGUUGGUUAGAAAAUGAAAAGACCCAAGUUGAGUUCAUGCAGAAUACUUCUUUGGCAGCUCAAGGACAAUCCAUUGGUGAGUCAGUCUUAUGAAGGGUUAAAGUGCUCCAACACCAUCAGCUACCACACAUGAAAUCCAGGCAGAAGUCUUUGAAGGAGAAGAGUUUAGAAUCUAUUAUACCCAAAUACCCUAAUGGAUUUUUUGUUGUUGGUAUAAUUGAUUUCCCUUUUUAUUGUGAAAUC